CUGCUCUUCUUUCUUCUCCCCUGCACCUGACAAGCCCCCCCCAGCCACCGACGCACUCCUCUUGAGAAAUUCGGCAAAAGGCUUGAAUUUUCCUCUUCUUUUCUUGUUGAAUCACAAGAUUUGGGGCUUAGAAUCUUCCCUCUCAACCCAGAAAAUCCCGGUUCUGCUCUGCUCUUCUCCUUUGUCCGUCGGCUGCUAUGUGGGUGGGAGAUUUUGGGCCUUUUUCUGAGCCGUGAGUCCCCUGCAGAGAAUUCCCGCCGGCCUCUUUCCCCCUGCAGCUCCGGUUCUUGUUGGAAAAUUCUGGUUCUUGAUCGUUCUGUCAGUUUAGUACAUGAAUUGAGUGCUCGGUUUUGCGGAGUGAGGUAAGUAAUUUAUGGUAAUGCCCGUACUGUUUUAAAAACAUGUUUUGAUUUGUUUUUGAAGUGGUGGUGGGACUAAACCCGUUUUACACAAGUAUGACUGAUUUGAAGUGAAAUGUUUUAUGCUUUUCAUUAAAUUGAGCAUGCCUACUUGAAAUUUAAGUGACUGUCCUGAUGAUCUGAAAGUGAUUGUGAAUUGUGAUUUUCCUAUUAACUUUUGCCUGUUUUGUCUCCGAUGUGGUCAUGUUAUUAGUGACCCUGCUAGUGGGGGAGUUUAUAAACGCUAGCACAUGUCGGCACAUGUCGAUAUGUUAUUCGUGACCCUGCUAGUGGGGGAGGUUAUAAACGCUAGCACAUGUCGACAUGUUAUUGAUAGAACUGGUUCGUUAAGUGACCCUGCUAGUGGGGGUUAUACACCAGCAAAUAGUGACCCUGCUUGUGGGGGUUAUACACCAGCAAACAGUGACCCUACUUGCUGCUUGUGGGGAUUAUACACCAGCAAACAGUGUGCCUGCCAGUGGGUGUUAGACGCUGGCCGUGACCUAUAAAGGAGACGUCUAUUUCGUUCCUGUAUUGUAUCCAUUUUUCGUGAUUGCACAUGUUGGCAUGCUAUAAGUUUAAUUAAGGGCAAUCCAUAUUUACUUACUGAGUUUAUCUCAUAGUUUUUCUUUGUCCACCAUUUCAGGAAAUGAAACUGAGGACGGGGAAACUACGGGAAGUGACGAGUUAGAAAGCUAGCCAUUUCGAGAUUGAUAUAGAUUUUAGAAAUAAAUCGUGAUUUUGUAAGCUAGAGUGUAUUUGGAGAUUUAUGAUAUCGGAGAAAUUUUAAAGAUUUGAUCUUUAGAUUUUGGUGGUAUUAGAUUGUGAUUUGAAUAAAUUUCGAGCCUUGUG